CCAGAAGCUUUGAGGGAAAACUAUCUAAAUCGCUUUGGUCUCUGUCUCCAAAACAGUGUUUGAGGCAUAGCAUCUGACUCUGCAUUAAAUAGGCCUACAUGCUGUUGACGUCAACACCUUAUUGAAUAAAUCAAUAAAGUAUUAUAAAUACGACAUAUAGGCUAUUCACCAAUCUAACAGAGGAAUAGGCGGGAGCUUAAAAGCAUACGGUUCCGCUCGGUGGACAACGAAUGCCAUUGUUACAGCGAAGAAACAAGUCUCUCUCCCUCAUAUUCAGUAUCUCCGGUAGUGCGUAAUUUACGCAGUUUUUCUAAUGGCGCCAGGGAAAGAGAUGCGCCCCAGUCGUGAAAAAUGAAGCGGAUAAGUCAUAUAUAGACAUUUCAAGCCUUGUUCAGGGGUUCCCCUCAGUAAGUGCUGACCGAAAUCUGGUGAUUGGUUUUCACCUUGUAAACAUUUGGAGACCCCGAAAUGAUGAAGAUAAAAUCGAAUCAAACGCGGACUUAUGACGGAGAUGGCUACAAGAAGCGUGCCGCUUGUCUUUGCUUCAGGAAUGAGAGUGAAGAGGAGGUGCUGCUGGUGAGUAGUAGCCGUGACCCAGACAAGUGGAUCGUUCCUGGUGGAGGGAUGGAACCAGAGGAAGAGCCCAAUGUUGCUGCAGUGCGAGAGGUUUGUGAAGAGGCUGGUGUCAAGGGGACUUUAGGGAGGCUACUAGGAAUUUUCGAAAACACAGACAGAAAGCACAGAACAUAUGUCUAUGUCCUCAUCGUUACAGAGAUAUUAGAAGACUGGGAAGACUCUGUGAAUAUCGGUAUGUUAAAUAUUGGGAGAAAAAGGGAAUGGUUUAAGACUGAUGAUGCCAGCAGAGUAUUGCAGUUCCACAAGCCUGUACAGGCCUCGUACUUUGGGCAUCUGCAACAGGGUUUCAUGAGUAGCAAUGGGGCACCCCUGGUGACCAGGAUAGAGGAAGGAGAGCGCUCGCCUACCUACAAUAUCAACAAGAGCUCCAAAACGACUAUAAGAUAGCUAAAAAAAUAUAUAAUUCUCAACUUUUAUGUGCUUAUUUUUCUUACUUAAUUCUACAAGUACUACUACAACUUCUUUUUAUACCUUUGACAGAUUAACCGAAAUAUUUGCCUUGCCAACCUUCUUGUGCCACAGUUGAGGUACAGACUUGACAAGUGUUGAGUAAAGAAGAUAUAAAACUUUGUAACUUGAAUGUUUUUUUUUUUUUUCUUUUUAUGAAUAAUUGCAUGAGAUAUUCCAAAACUCUUGGAACAGUCCUGCUUGGUCCCUCGUUCAUCUCUGUUAUAAAUGUGAGAUUUGUUGUUGAAUGCAAUAUUCUGUUGGGGUGAUGUAAAGUAAUGGUGUUGAAUGUGUUUGCAGAAGACUAAGGGUUCUGUCAUGUUUUACUGACACGUUGACAUGCCCCUUCAUGUGGCAAUCGUAAGAAUGACAUAACUUCUUACCGUGAAUCGUGACAUCAUCAGUAUAAUACAUUCUCAUAACUGUUUCAAGUUAGACAAUAUGACUGUUGACAGUAUUUCAUAUGACAUUCUCUGUUUUCCUUUUUAUAUAUAUUCCCUGAUCCCAUAACAAUCCAUCGCUUUGCGUUAUGAUACGUUAGGCCUGUGGGAAAAUUGCCUAUUUUGCAAGUUUUUAAAGUUAUAUGGUUUUGUCUUAUGUCUGUUGUAAUGGGAUUAUCUGGUACAAAAUUCUCUCUUACAUUGAGGUAUCUCAAACUUUGGUAAGGGGCACAUUUAACCAGAACAUUGUAAUGCAAGUCCUACCUGCUUUUUCAUGUGUUGUUGUUAGGCUCCCAUGAAGAUCAAUUAUUGAUUGGAUUUUUAAUUCAAGGACCAGAAAGACAGAAUUGUGCAUGUUGUCUGAACUUCAGGGUAAAGAAAAAAGAACUUGGUUUUGGUCUCAGAGAUGUGCUCUUGAAGUGUUUUAAAUCAAUCUUGAAUGAAUGAAUGAAUCAAGCUGUCCAUCAAGAGUUUGGGAGUACUGUUAAGUAUUUGUGCACUUUGUUUGUGUUCAAGGAAAAUGAUACCGCUGCUGCAUAACUUAAGUACCUUAAUCUAGACCCCACUCAUAUUAAUGUCUUCAUGGUGUCCACUUAGAUAAUCAUGUCCAUUUACUCUGUUAUUAUUAUUUAUUUUGUAUUGGUAUAAUGAGGAGAGUUUCAGUCUGCACUCUCUUGUUUGUCACAAAUUGGACAUUUCAACUUGCUAACUGGUUAAAAUGAAUCCUGUGCCACUUGUGACCAGUUAGCAAGCAGGACAUACCUGCCUUCACAUAUUGUGACCUGCACAUGAAUGCGUCAUUGAUGUGUGUAUCGAGUGACUGUGUGUGUUGUAGUAAAAACCGCAUCAAGUUUGUUGCACAACAGAUGCAACGCCAACAUAAAUCACCUGCAUGUCCGGGUUAGGACACGUUUACACCUGGGAUUGAAUCCAUUCUGAAUUGUAUUUCUAACAUGUGUUUACACUGAUGUAGUUUUGCAUAAUCCCUCACAUGAACACUGGACUCCUUUUACUUAGGUUGAUUUAUUUUUUUGUUUGUUUUUUUGCCAGGCAUGUUUAAAUAGGUCUUAAUUGUGUACUUUUGUAUGUUAAUCAUUGGUUAUUCAAAUUAGUAAUUUAAAACUAGCAAAAUGUAUUAAUCAGCUGCAUGGAGGACGCUGAUGAAAGUCUCAUAACUAUAGUGAUUCUGGCCCUAUUGGGACAUUUAAACAGGAAUAACUGUGAUUGAUAAGUAUGUUAAUUAAGUCAGUUAGCAGAUGCUCCUAUGAGAGAAUCACCGUAGUGAGUGCAUUCAUUAAUCAGCUUACUCAUUGCUGCCACAUACAUAUAUACAUUUUUCUUUGCACAGUUUGUAGCAUAGACUUCUUGCAGUUCCUUGCUGGUAUGAUGUUGAAAUACUCAUUCAACAAAAAUGCAUCUGUGAGAACCCUGCUAUAGAUAAAAACUCGUUGGCUAUGGUGUGAGCCAAUUUUAAUAAUUAUGUUUUAUAAAAAUGUCAGGCCCCCCAACCCUCCCAAGAACAAACAAUAUACUUGUUGUCCAGGGUGUGAGAAGCAGACUGGCUCUGACAGAAGAGAUUGCUCCACUGAGCAUCAAUUUAGACAAGUAUGUGGGUUGGCAACGAAGAACAAGGAUAUUCUAUUCUUGCUGACCUGGAUUGGGCCAAAUCUACACUUUGCCCCAUCUGAUCUGGCACAAUAAGCGGUUUAGUUUCUUUAUAGUUUCUCUGACCAUUCAUCAUUGAAAUUUCUCCUAUGCCAAAGUUUGAAGUUUUACACAACAGCCUCCCAACCUUGAAAUGGCUGAGUGUGAUAUGGGUGUCCGUUUGUCUGGUUGACUGAUGGAUGUGUUGCAUUUUCUUUUGAAAUGGUUAUGCAUUAUGUACUAGUCACUGCCAGUCAUGCAGUGAGUUUUUAUUUUACACUGACUUUGAACACAUGUUUGCAUGUGAACUGCAUUUUGAAUUAACUUUAGACCCUUUCUCUGUAGAACAUGUAAAAUUAUCAAAUAUGUAGGCCUACUCAGCAAGAUUUAAAUCAGUCAUGCAAUUUUGCCCCAGGACAAACUACUGGUACAUUACUUUUUCUUACUAUCUGGCCAGUAAGGAUUUGUAAUUUCAUUACAUUUCUAGGUAUGCUGAAGUUGAUCUGAGACCUGUGACAAGACUGUGAUGGUUGAUGGUGCCAUCUAGUGGUUAUAGGUCACCUAAACUGGUGACAGUUUUAGGUGAAAUGCUCCCCAUUACUUCAGUUUACUGGUAAACUGAAUGGAUUUAAAGGGAUAGUUCACUGAAGUGACAAAUGUUGGUUUCCUUACCCUGUUACGCAGUAUAUGGAUGGAUACUAAGACCAGGAUGAAUACUUUGGUUUAUCUUCCCUGGCAAUUGUGGCACAAAUUCCAUUCAAGUUCCCAUACAAGGGUAUUUUGGGCAUGUGUGAAAUGCUAAUAUCGGUCCUGUGAAUUGAUUUGGAUUAGUACCACAAAUGGCAAAAUGUUUUGGAAACUUUAAUGGAACCUGGAUAGCUUUCUUUUUGUCCAUAGACUGGUUGCCUGUGAAGGCAAAAAUAAAAUGUUGUAAUUCCAGUGAACUAUCACUAAGAGGGAUAUGAAGAAAAUGCUAUGAAUAAAUACAUCUCUUGCUGACUGGUGUUGUUUAUAUUUUAUUGAUCAUGAUAUCCAAUUUGGCAUAAAUGGAACAAAGUUUGUGAAGAUUGUAAGAUGAAUUAUAUGAAUUAAUAAAUCACCAGUAUUUC